AUGGCAGGAAGGUUUAGCACGUUACAAAACUUCAAUUCAGUACCAUUUCCUGUUAUACCGGGAAAUCGAAUCGAUUUUUCUCGGGCUGAAAUAUUGAAAAAAAGGAUAAAUUCAAUACUUGGUGCAGCUGUGAAUUUUCCUGGAUCUCAACCCGUCAGUUUCACACUACAACACUUAAUUGAACUUGAAAAAGAAGAUUAUUAUGUAUGUGAAAAAUCUGAUGGAGCACGUGUACUUUUAUAUAUAAGAAUGGAUAAAAAUGGUGAUCAAGAUGUAUAUUUGAAUCAUUAUUUUCAUCUACCAGGUGUAAAGUUCCCCAUUCCAAAUACGAAUGUUGAUCCUAAUACCCACAAUUGGGAUAGUUUAGUUGAUGGUGAACUAGUUUAUGAUGUUGAACCUGAUGGAUCUCGUUUAUUCCUUCUUAUAAAAGAUUAUAAUAAAUUAAUACUAAGAAAUAAUCCACAGUUUGCAAAUAAUCAACCAUUCAAGUUCGCUUUUAAAGAGAUGGAGAAAUCCUAUGGUUUAGAGAAAGUUAUUAAAGAAACAACUUUAAAAUUAAAACAUAAGAGUGAUGGAUUAAUUUUCACAUCUGCAGACUUAAAAUGGAAACCACCAAAUGAAAAUUCUAUCGAUUUUCUUUUAAAAGUUGAACAUGAUCAAAAUAAAGAAAUGCCCAGAUUUUGUCUAUUUCAACGAGGAAAUAAUGGAUAUGAAUAUUUUAAUGAUAUGAGUGUAACUUAUGAACAAUGGAAAAUGUGGAUUGAUAAUAAUGAGAAACUUAAUGAAAGAUUAGUUGAAGUGGUUUGUAAUCCCUCUUCAUCAUCAUGGCAAUUUUUAAGAUUUCGUGAUGAUAAACUACAACCAAAUUUUUCUACUGUUGUUGAUAAAAUACUACAAAGUAUCAAAGAUGGUGUUGAUAAAGAAACACUGAUUCUACAAUCAAAUAAAAUACGUGAUUCUUGGAAGAGAAGAGAACAAGAAAGAAAACAACGAGUAAAUUACAACACAUAG